UUUCGAGUAAAUACGCGGCGCUGUGUAGCGACCUGUUGCCUCUUCAUUAAACUUUUCCAUGUCAUACUAUUUGAAUCGCUAUACAUUUUAGUUUAAACGUUAAUCAUAUAGUGUUCGUCUCGGUUAAGCUCGGUAUUUUGUUUGUUUACUUCGUGAACUAUGUCGAACGCGUCUGAUGACGGCAGCGACAUCAACCAAGAUGACAGUCAGGAGGAUGUUAUGACCCCGGCGGAGCUGAUCGCUAAACUGCAAGAAGCUUGGCUGAAUGAGAAGUUCUCACCGGAGCUCCUGGAGAACAAAUCAGAGGUGGUGGAGUGCGUGAUGGAGCAGCUGACUCACAUGGAAGCCAACCUACAGCGGGUGAAGAAAGGUGACACGAAGGCCAGCAUCCAUCGCAUGGAGAUAGACAGGAUUCGCUUUGUGCUCAGCAGCUACCUGCGCUCUCGUCUGCAGAAGAUAGAAAAGUUUUUCCCACAUGUCCUGGAGAGAGAAAAGUCUCGAGGUGAGGGAGACCCGUCACUGCUUUCCCCCGAGGAGUUUGCUUUUGCCAAAGAGUACUAUGCCAACACAGAAACCUACCUGAAGGCUGUAGCACUGAAGCGCAUGCCCUCCAACCUGCAGACAGUGGACAUGCUUAAAGCAGUGCCUGAGCCCAGCUUGGACUCAUUUGUGUUUCUGCGGGUGAAGGAGAGACAGGAGAACAUCUUGGUGGAGCCUGAAACAGAUGAUCAGAGGGAGUAUGUUGUGGAUCUUGAAGAGGGCUCUCAGCAUCUAAUGCGGUAUCGUACUAUCGCACCACUUGUUUCAAGUGGAGCUGUGCAGUUAAUGUGAAUGUGUGGGGUCUGUCUCUUGGUGUGGAUGUUUUUGGCUCCAGGAGGUCAGAAAAUAAGCAAUGGCAUGCAGAUUAACCUGCAGAGAUGACAUCUAGAAAUGCAUCCAUUUUUUCUCACCGUCAGGAUUAAGGACCAGUUCGUGGAACGCAAACACAGACAUUUGUGGCACCACAUCUUCCAGUAUUCAAGUUACUACUGGUAUUGAGUUAAGUGCUUGCUGACGAAUGAAUCCUGUUUGCCAAACCAGCUUUCGCAGUGCUGUGGUGUUAUUUUUGGAUCUUUUUAAUCAUGUCACAACACAACAGCAUUUUAGUUUUACCCUAAAAGGAUGUGUGGAACAUUGUCUUCUCUGAGACAUAAUUGUUGUAAUAGCAUUGUUAUGUAAGAGUUUCAGGGGGAGCAGUCAAUACUUAUUGUUUGCCCUCAUACAAAUUGCCCAGUAAUUGGAAUUAAUAAGGGACUGAGAGAGUGGGCUUGGCAACAGAAUUUUUGAACUGCACCACUGAUAUAGCUAAUAUGGAAUUCUGUAACACAGUGUUAUUGGGAGAAGAGGAAUAAUACACUGUUUUCAUAUAACCAGGAGAAAAUCAAGUUGUGUUUGACACCUGAGAGCGUACAGAGAAGCAUUUAGAGUGCAUGAAAGCUUUUGUUCAUAUGAAAAUGUUAGAUAAUUAAUGCAGGGUUCUCUUACACCUUGAAAAUUUGCAUUUGAGGAAAAUAAAAACUUUUGUAAUGAUUGAA